GUUUUUGCAUUAAAAAUUGCACUUUCACCAUUUCUAGAGUCUUUUUUUAAGUAAAUUUGUACUGCGUGUGUACUUAUGUCUGCCAGCAUACUGAAAGAAAGACCCCACAAAGCUAUUUGAAAACAGUUUGUCCAUCACCGCACAAGGCGCACAUCCUGUUUCAUUCUAUACAACUUGCACAAGGUGCACCACAACAUAAUAUCCACACCUCCAUUAGCACUAUGAAGGGCUUGUUCAUUUUGCUUGUUGCACAGAUAAGUAUGCAGUUUCAGUGUGAUAAAACAAAGAUUCAAGCAACAAUUGGACGCACGUUCACUCUUACCUGCACCUACAGAACAGACCAGUUCCAAUUUAACAAGAAGUACUGGUGUGCUGGAGACUCCAGAGCCUCGUGUGAGGUUCUGAUGGACACAAAUGGAUUCACACAGGCAGCGUACAGAACACGGGCACAAAUCAUUGACAGAGUUUCUAGAGGCUUGAUUGUUAAUGUAAGAGAUCUAAAGUUGGACGACACUGGGAUAUAUUGGGUGGCGAUUGACAAAAUUUAUUCUGAUAUAAUGACCAGGAUCCAAGUUACAGUAACAAAUGUUUCAGAGGCUGUAAUGAAACCACACUUUUGGCCUCUCAGUUCUCUGGAGAUGAUGUGCUGGGGACAGCUAGUUGUGUUUCGCUGUUGGAGUGAGAGAGGAACGGAUGUGCAGUACACUUGGUACAGAGUUGGAAAACCAAACAACAUUGUCCUGCACAAUUCCACUGAUCUCCAUCUCCAUUGUUCAAAUAUCACUGAAGACAGCCAACUUUUCUGCUUGGCCUCUAAUGAUGUCAGCAGCCAGAGCAGCGAAUUUAUUUCUCUACAAAUCCUUCAGCCUGCAGACAAGAACUGUGUUAAUCUCAUCUCAUCUAAGGCACUCUCUAGCUAUGACUGCAUUAGAAGCACAACAUCACUCUCAACAUCCAUCCAAACUACAGAGGAAUUACUGAGCUCUGCAACAGUCUCUCAACCCGCAUGGAGUCAGAAUAGGACGAUGUCUUGGUCUGGCUUACCUCUAUGGCAUGAGUGUCUUCGUUGGCUUCUCUUCUCAGCGAUGAUUACCAUCUUAUAUCUAGUGCUCACAUGCUCAAAAUUAACAUCCAGACGGCUUAAGGCUCAAGUCAAACACAUCUGAUCACAUCUUCAUUACACAGUGUUUUUAUUCAUGGUGUGCAUACUAUUUGCAUUAUUUUUACUUCAUUAUGACUUCAUGUCGAUUUACUGCACAUGUUAGCUCUGAAUUGAUGUGCUUUGUCUUUAUUAUCCACAAGGUGUUCAAUUAAUGUAGCCCCAAACUGCUUAAUCCCAUUCAAACUUGUUUAGAUAUUUCAGCUUUAGGUGUGCUGUCUAUAUUAAAGGAAAAUAUCACACAUAGUGAUAAACUGAUGAAAUAUUUGUGACCUUGAUGCAUGGACAGCGAUCAAGGGACUGUAAAGAUGGAUUUUUUGAAUAUAUAAAUAUAUAUAAAGCUACCUUUUUUUGUUUAAAUGAACUCCGUUCUGUCCAACUCAAAUGGUUUCUGACAAAUUAAAUACGUUGUUCAUUUAAUGCAGAGAUUCCCAAACUUUGUUAACAAAACCUAUAUAUUUCAAUAAUUUCACAACACAUUUUCUAGUGUCGGUAAAUGGUCACAAGACAUGGAGGUAAAUAAAAUGUUUAGUGAUUUAUUUGGUGUAAUGAGUAGGCAGACAAGGCAACUAAAUAUUUUUUAAAGAUCUACAGUCUUGUUCUUUCAUAUUCCACAUUCAUCUUUGUUUGAUUU